AUGUCCACCACAACAGCCAAAGUAGCAGCCCUCCUCACAAUCCUCACCUCCAUAGGAGGCAUAACCGGGUACCUGCGCGCGCGCUCCCUCCCCUCCCUCAUCGCCGGAUUAUCCGUCUCCUUCCUGUACCUCCUCUCGUACCUCCGACUACGCGCGAACCAGCCCUACGGGGCAGAGAUUGGUCUUCUGGCGUCCAUUAUCCUCGGCGGUGCGUCGAUCCCUAGGGCGAUUAAGACGGGGAAGGGGGUGCCGAUGGGGUUGGGGGUUGUGGCGGUGCUUGGGGGGGUGGUUUUUGGGAAUGCACUUCUUUCUCAGUAA